UUUGACCAUGUCAUAUUCUAUAAAUAGAAGACCUUUGCUAGGAGGCGUAUCAGACAGUGAAUUUGAAGAUGAUUUAGAAACUGAAGCUGAUGAUCCAAAUAUUUCUGUUCCAGAUGAAAAACCAUUCCUAAAUCAAUAUGAACCGAGUGAUAAAUAUAAUCUUGCAUAUAUCGUUUUUUAUGUACUUGGUAUAAAUACAUUAAUUCCUUGGAGCUUUUUUAUCACAGCUGAUGAUUAUUGGUUGUAUAAAUUUCGAGAGAUACAGAAAAAUUCUACAAAAGGUAUUAAUUACACUCAUAUGGAAAAUUUAGAAAAAAAAACUGAUCUCCAAGCUAGUUUUACAUCAUAUAUAAGUGUAGCAAGUGCACUACCAAAUACAUUUUUUUUAAUUGUAAAUGCAUUUAUUAGUAAAAGAAUUCCCUUAAGAGUAAGAAUGGUGGGCUCUCAAUGCACAAUAUUAUUAUUUUUUAUUCUAACAACAAUGUUUGUUAAAAUAAAUACGGACAAAUGGCAGGGAACAUUUUUAAUAAUUACCUUGAUCACAGUGGCAUGUGUCAAUGCUGCAAGUGCAAUUUUUGGAGGGAGUUUAAUGGGUAUUGCUGGACGCUUUUCUCCAAGAUAUAUAACAGCUAUGUCAAGUGGACAAGCUCUUGGAGGAAUUAUUACUGCUACAGCAGAAAUAUGUUCUCUUUGGAUUGGUGCUAGUCCUGUACUUUCAGGUCUAGUUUAUUUUAUAAUUGGAGAUGUUAUAUUGUUCUUAUCUUUGAUUGCAUAUAUAAUCCUAGAAAAAGCAGUAUUCUUCAAACAUCAUAUGGUAGAAAAAUUGUCUGAAAAUGUAGAAGCAGAUUAUUCAAUAACCGGAGAAGUAACUUUUUCGCAAGGCACUACAAUAUCUUAUAUGCGUAUUAUUAAAAGAAUUUGGCAUUAUGGUAUUAAUGUAUUUCUAGUAUUUUUGAUAUCCUUUUCUGUAUACCCAGCACUUACUGUGUUAGUGGAUAGUCAGUAUAAAGGCAAAGGUUAUGUAUGGAAUGAUAUCUAUUUUGUACCUGUGGUGACCUACCUCAUUUUUAGUUGUGGUGAUUAUACUGGAAGAAUAUUAUCAGGCAUUUUUCAAUGGCCAAAAAAUAAACCAUGGCAAGUCGUAUUUUUAAGUCUGAUGAGAGUCAUCUUUGUACCAGCUUUUAUAUUUUGUAAUGCUCAGCCCCGGCAUCAUCUUUCUGUUUAUAUUCAUAAUGAUCUUUAUUAUAUUUUAAUGACUAUUGCAUUUGCCAUCAGUAAUGGCUAUCUAUGUAAUUUAUCGUUUAUUUUAACUCCUAUGGUUGUAGAUUCUCAAGAGAAGGAAAUUGCAUGUAUUAUGAUAGGAGCUUUCCUUGGUAUAGGAUUGAUAUCAGGUUCUGCACUCAGUUUGCUUAUAGUUAAAACACUUUAAUUGUACAAUUUGUGUCUGAACCAAAGGAAUACUGCCCUCCAUAUUAAAAUAAAACAGGACCACAAGACACAAUAUUGGAUCAAAUUAAAUAAUUUUAUUUUAUACUUUAUGACAAAAUUUAUGUAUGUAAUGUUUGAUAUAUCAUAGUAAAUUAUUUUUGAAGCUUUCUUUAAAUAUUUAUAUAGUAAAAUUUGAAAAGUUCAUGAAUAUAUAAAAUGUUUUGUGUAUAGAAUGGAAAUAAUUGUGUGUGCCAAAUUACAUCUAAUAGAUCUCAAAUGCUGAUACAUAAAGACUUAAUUGAUUGCAUAUAUGGGAAGGUACAAUUUUAUUAUACAUUUAAAUAAUGUAUUUUUAAGAAAUCGAAGAAUGCAAUAAAUUAUGAUAUACCUUUCAACCUUUGUCAAAACUAGUUUGUCAAAACUAAAACUGUAACAUAAUAUAAUAAUUUGUAUUUAGGUAUAAGUAUUAAUAAUAAAAGAAUAUAGUUCAAUUCA